AUGGCAAAGAUUUCUCCACUAGUUUCAGUAGUUGCUUUCCUUCUUCAACUUUCUUUGGGAAUUAUAAUGCUUAUUAUGAUGAUCAUGGACGUGGUCAAUGCGAACAAUCUUCAAGCUGUGCCUAUUUUCAUAUUCGGAGACUCAACUGUGGAUGUUGGGACUAACAAUUUUUUGCCCAAUACUAGAGCAAGGGCUAAUGUCACUCCCAAUGGAAUUGAUUAUCCUCAUUCCGAGCCUACCGGAAGGUUCAGCAAUGGCCUUAACACCGCUGAUGAAAUCGCAAAAAAAUUUGGUUACAACAGGAGUCCAAAACCUUUUCUCUCUUUGGUGCAAGAUAAUUCAACCUUUCUAAGGAAUGUACUCAAUGGUGCCAACUUUGCAUCAGGAGGCUCCGGUAUACGCCAAAGCACAGGAAAUCAAAGCUAUGGAGAGGUAGUCUGGUUGGGAAAGCAGAUUGAACAAUUUGUGACAGUCCAACAAAAUUUCACGGCAAUAAUGGGUCCAGAAGCAACUUGGAAAAAGCUUUCAGAGUCUUUGUUUAUCAUUAGUGUUGGCAGCAACGAUUUAUUCGAUUAUAAUGAAACUACAAGUGGUUUAUCCAAGGAGGGCUACUUGCUUUCUCUUAAUUCCACUUACCGUAACCAUUUGGAGAAUCUGUACAGUUUGGGAGCUCGGAAAUUUGGCAUAGUGAGUGUUCCACCAAUUGGAUGCUGUCCUGCUGUUCGUGCAGCCCAUAAUGCUACGGGUUGUGUAGAAGAAUUGAAUGCAUAUGCUCGAAUAUUUCACACAGUGCUUGACACCCUCUUAAGCUCUCUCAGCUCCCAAUUGAUAGAAAUGAAGUAUGCACUUGGAAAUGCUUAUGAAAUAACCAUGGAAAUUAUUGAAGAUCCAUCAGCCUUUGGCAUUGAGGAGACAAAUUCAGCUUGCUGUGGAAAUGGAAAUUUAAAUGGAGAAAAGCCAUGUGCUGCUAUUUACCACCCCAACGUUUGUGCAAAGCGUGAAAAGUACUUAUUCUGGGAUUUGUUUCAUCCAACCCAAGAAGCUGCGAAAAUAGCAGCUCGAACCUUGCAUGGCGGAGGAAAAAGAUUUGUAGCACCCAUAAAUUUUAGUCAAUUGGCAGCAGCCAAUUAA